GAAAUGCAAAAAGAAACUGCAUAGUUGAGCUUCACACGUGGUUGACAAAGGGAGUAAAACUUGGAAGCAAACAGUUCUUAUCUUGCAGUCACAAGUUUUAUGUUGUCCCAAAAGUCAGAGUCGCCCUCAACGAAAUGAAUCCGGGAUCAUCCAAGCCAGGAGCCUCUUGCUCCGACUCCUCUCUGUCGCAGCAGAUGAAGCAAAAUUUCCGCAAGAUGAACGACCUGGUGGAUGAGCUGCAGCAAGAGAAGCAGAAGGUUGCCACUCUGCAGCAGAAGGCCGGACGAACCCAGCAGUUAGAGGAACGCAACGCGAGCUUGGAGCAACGAGUGCACCAGUUGGAACUACUCAAUGCGCAGCUGGAGCAGUUCAACAGCGAGCGCGUUGGCAUCCUGCAGCAGCUGCAGCAGGAGAUCAGCAACUACGCCACCAUUCAGGAGAAGUACCUGGAGCAGGAGCAAUCCAUGCAAUUGAUAGUGCGCGAGCUGGAGCUGGACCGCCAGGGUCUGCUGGACGAACUGGCCGUCAAGGAUUUAAUGAGUACGGACAGCAUCGACGACCUUAGCGAGGAGCUGAACGGGCUCAACCAGCAGCUGAACGGGAUGUCCGAGGACAUCACCUGUUCCAUCUGCCUGUCGCCCUGGGAAUCGGAGGGUGCUCACCGCCUUGUGUCGUUGCGCUGUGGCCACCUCUUCGGGAAGAAGUGCAUCCGCACAGUCCUCCGGCAGUCGCGUCGGUGCCCCAUCUGCAUGAAGCGGGCCCAUCCCGCCGAUGUCCGCAAGAUCUACGGACGCAGCAUUUUGCCAUCUUGAUAGAUACGUUUUCAAGGAGGACCGAAUCUCGAUAAAUUUUUUUUUUAUUUAUGCUCUUCAAAAGGAGUUUCUCAAACGAAACCAAACUGUGACCAUAUGGAUGUUUAAAACUAAUGAAUCUGGCAUUCGUUUUUGAUAUUUGUUAUAUGGUUAGGCAGCUUUGGAAUGGAAUAUCUCAUUUUACCCCAUAGACAUAUUUACAAAGAACUUUGUAUAAACACAAACAUGUUCAAAACUGAGUUAUCAGGAAGAAAGCCAUAAAAUAACCAAAUAAUUGUGGAAACCACAUCCUUUAAGUUAUUUUAUAUUACAAGAACAAACUUUGUAUUAACAUGUUUUUUCUACAAUAAAAUAUUAUU